CUGCUCUGCACAUUUUACUGAAGACUCGUACGAGACCUCUGAUCUGUUGAGGAGUGUUGGCUAUAAGCCUGUAUUGAAAGAGGGUGCAGUCCCAACAAUUAAAGAAAAAAAACAAGAAAGGAAAUGUUUUUUUUUUUAAAUAAAGUGAGUUCAGUUGCACCAGACCUCCUGGAGCAUGAGCUGAGGGUUGUUGCUAAAACCUGGGACAAAAUGGGACAGGACAUAUUGCUCAGGCAGUGGCCUCCCCACAGUUGUUGCUAAAACCGGUAACAUCCCAUUCUGUCCCAGGUUUUAGUAAUUGCCUGAGCCUAGCAGUAAUGGCGGAAUACACAGUAUGGAGAGAGAGAGAGAGAGCGAGUGGACCAGUCGUCUUAUUUCUAAACUGGAUAUUGCUGCCAUCUCGCGCUUACAUGGAAGAAGUGAAUGAAUGGAGAACUGAACGAACAACUGAAAGUCAGAUUGUUUUGAAACAAUCGGCCACAGGGUCGGCCUUCAAGAAGCGAGAACACAGACGGGCCUUACUACUACUUGCGUACCUCAUCAGAAACGGAUCAGAACGAGUGGUUACGAGUGCCAGAGAACAUAUCUAUGACCUGCGCUCUCUGGAAAAUUAUCAUUUUGUAGAUGAAAAUGGGAAAGACCAGGGUAUCAAUGUACGGCAAAAGGUCAAAGAAAUGGUGGAGUUUGUCCAGGAUGACGAUAGGUUACGGGAGGAGAGGAAAAAAGCAAAGAAGAACAAGGACAAAUACAUCGGCGUAUCAUCGGAUGGCAUGGGAGGCUUCAAACAAAGUAACUCUGGAGAGCGGUUUGACUCAGAGACUAAAAGCAAGUGGGAUGAAGAAUGGGAGAAGAGCAAAAGUGGAUUUCCUUUCAGUGAGAAGCUCGGCGAGAUCAGCGAUAAGAUUGGCAGCACAAUCGAUGACACUAUUAACAAGUUCCGCAAGAAAGAAAGGGAUGACUCUCCCGAUCGAAUCAGUGACAAUGAAGAGGACAGAAUAUCGCAGAACGGUCGGCCAGCAAAGUCUGAAUUCAAGGAUGAGGAGGAGACGGUGACACCCAAGAACGUACAGGUGAUGCAGGCCACUGAGACUACCGCUACCACCGGCACCACUACACGCAAACGGGGUGGAAUGCCCUCCAAAACAGUGGAUUUGGGUGCAGCUGCACAUUACACAGGGGACAAAAGCAGCCCAGAUGCGGGCAAUACAAAGACAUCAGGCAGUCAAUCUUCCAGUGGAGGGCUUUCAGAUUUGCUUGUAGUGGACUCUGAAACACAUCAGCUAGCACCUUCAGGUGGGAGUUCAGACCUCAUUGCUGACUUUGCAGAUUUUUCCUCUCCAGCUGCUUCUGCUAGUCUCCCUUCAGCUGCUGAAUCAGCAUCAACUGGCAAUGGAGAGUUUGGUGACUGGAGCGCCUUCUCCUCAAAUGUCUCUACAGCCUCGUCUGCUGUCCAAGAUCUUUUCACUGAUGCUCCGCCCUCCACCCAGCCACCAUCCGCUGACCUUUUUGACCUGAUGGACCCCAGUCAAAGCAGUCUGAAUGCCUCCCAAAGCAUGACCUUCACUAUGUGCCCCCAGAGCACAGGGCUCUCUAUGUCCAGAUCACAGACUCUAGGGGGGCCUGUGCACAAUUUAGCAGGUCCUUUGUUGCCUCAGCAGAUGGGAGCUCAGAAACCAGGAGGAAAAACCUCAAUGCCUCCCACAUGGUCUGACCCAAGUGUCAACAUCAGCCUGGACUUUCUGUCUAUGGGCAUAAACCCUCCCAAGCCUUCACAACCGAGCCUCAACACUAUGAUGCAGCAAGGUGUCCAGCCACCUGUGAGCCUGGUCACCCAGAACUUUGCAGGAAUGAUGCUUAACACCCAGCCUGUGCCUGCUAGACCAGCCAUGAACCCUGGGAUGGCAAGUGGAAACAUGAGCAUGGUGAUGCCACCCACCAUGGCAACAGGUAACAUGGGAAUCGGUUCUAUGGUCAUAGGAGGAAUGCCUGCCAAUCAGGGUUUAAUGGGAAUGAACAUGGCGUCUGCUGGUUUGGGCCUUUCAGGUGGCCUUGGCAUGUCCAGCAUGAGCAUGGGCCAGGGCAUGAACUCUGCCAUGUUACAAACCAAAUCACAGGCCUUUCCUAACUUUGGCAACUUUGGACAAUGAAGGAAAACCAGCACUGGAAAGAAAUGGUCCACAAUACCUUCUUAAUUAAAAGAAGGAGCUGCAUCCAAGAAAAUGGACAAAACUGACAAAACUAGCCAUUGUCUGGACCCUUCAAUCAUUUAAUGUUGUAUGUUAACAGAUGUUUGGGGAGUGUCUAAAAUCUUUUUUCCUUGGGUGAGACAUGGGUGAUUGAGGAUGGAAUGAUUUUUUUUUUUUUUUUAUCUUAUCAGUUACACUAAAAACUUUCAUGGUUUGGCAUGUUUGCCAAUGGCUGGUUAAAGGCAAAGAUCACUUUUAAGUGUGUGUUUAUUUGCUCUGUCAUUUUCAGAUGCUCCCUCUCCCCAUUUAAGCCCAUAUGAAUUCAGGAAUUACCUCAACUUCCACUGUUCAUGCUGUGACUAAAAUGAUGCGAGUGAUUUGAUUUUGUAUAUAUAUAUUUUUUUCAUUUGUGAAGAAAAUGACUAUAAAUUGUUGCAUUGUUUUAUUGAGUUCAUAGAUGGUAUACAGGGAGCAAGCUCAGAAAGUUAAAGGAGUAGCACAAGUUCUUAAUUCAUUUCACUUUUAUUUCCUUGUUUUUACAGCUAAUUCAUUACAUUCACACUCCAACUCAUCAUUUGUUACUGUACAAUGGUUUGACUUUGUUUUACAGAAUUAGAAUAUGAAGGCUAUUAAUUAUUUGACUUAAAAAAUAUAUUAGAUUUGAGGGUAUAAUGUUCUGAUUGUAUAUCAUAAUGAAAAAAUGGGAGGGGGGGGUUAUGCUAUACAAGUAUAGAUGGUGAACAAACAUAUUAAAGGUGAUAUUGAGUUAUUGUGGUUAAUUCCUGUUCCACCCCUAGUUAAUAAUGUUACGGCAGAGUGAGAAUCUAAUCUGCUUAGUCCUGCAAGAGUGAGUGCCUGACAAUGAAGUGCCUUUUAGCACUUAAGUCAAACACUUAGAAGGCCAGAAACCAGGAUGUCAAUACAUUUUGUCAAGCUGUUAUGUUAUUGGGAUUCUCAGAGAUUAUAUGCUGUGCAUAGAUCAGCUGCAGGGGUGCUGGUCAGAGGAUGAUUGGCGAAAGGAGGAUUUGAAGAUCAUGAUUUUUCAGAAAGGAAGGAGUGAACUUUGAAGGUUUUUGGGUUUUUUUGUUUGUUUUUUAAACUGAUAAAAUGUCACACUAGGGCACUUUGUAGUGUUGCAAAUCUAAUGUGUAACCACUUGAAUAAUUUCUAAUCUCUCCUAAAACUCAAAACUAACGUGCAUGAAAUGGACAAAAGUGUUUAAAUGUAUCUUUUCAUGCAUCACCUCAGAUCAGUGUUAACAGUCAUUGUGUCUGUCACAGGAUGGUCUGUCAGCUAUAGGGUCAUUGGAGGAAAUGUCAACUCAAAAUGAAGUUCAUCACAUUUUUUUUCUUUUGUUAGCUUUUAUUUUCCCCCCUCAUAUGCUGCUCUACAUGGGUGAACAGCCCUCCAUUCCACACCAAGCUGUUUUCAAAAAUGACCAAAUCUUUAUUUUAAUACUGUUGAGAUGAUUCUAUAGGGGUUUAGGUUCUUAUUUUAAUAAUUUACCAUUAUAGAAAUCCUGUGCAUAUUAUGGUGUAGGCAUCGGCCAAUUGAGAAAACACCAGGUGCUUGUAAAGAGAGUGGGGGGGGGAUCAUGAUCAAGCGCUCUUUCAAAGAAUUUGUUUCUUUUGGAAUUUGAUUUUUGGACUUGAUUGUAUUCAAUAAAAAAUUAUGUAUGACAAGUUA